AUGAAGUGCAUCGUUGCUAUCGCUACCGUCCUGCUGUUGGCCGUCGGAUCCUCGCAGGCUGACUACCACGCCAAGGGCUACGGCAAACCGGCCGCUCACUAUGGCGGUGGACACGGAGGCCAUCAUGUGCCGUGCGGAUCGAACCUGCUGUUGAGCUGCCACCCGAACGUUGCCCACGUGCCGUGCGUUCCUGCCCAUGGCCAUGAGGGAGGUUAUCAUCAUGCACCGGCACCGGCCUACCAUCAUGCACCGGCCCCAGCAUACCACGCCCCGGCUCCGGCCUACCACGCACCAGUUCAUCAUGCUCCGGCACCGGCCAAGUAUUAA